UGUGUAUUGUUAUUUGCCGUAAGAAAGAGCUAAAUCGCCUACGGCUUGCUUGUAAUUAUUGGCGCAUCUCGCGAGACUGAAAAUGUGCGUGAUCGCCUGCGGCACUUAGCAUCGCCCGCGGCUAACGUUUUCACCAGAGUGUCAUUAUUCCUAGUGCUUACAGUUCACAGAAGAAGUCUUUCUCGCAAUAUCGGAGCAUAUUUUUGAAUAUUUCGACGUAUUUUUGCUAGUCCGUCAUUAGUAACACAUAGGACUUUUUCUCUUUGCGCUAAGGAAUUCACUCCAUCACAUUGGCAGGAACAGAUGAAGGCUGCUAAGACCAGACGAUUAAACGAAUACAACGGAGAUUCCAGAAUUGUAAUGACCUCACCCUGCAGCUCACCGUCCCCGCAAGGAGUCCCACGAGUAGCGCCCCUUCAUCGUCAGACAGCACCCGUACACAUUGAUGUUGGAGGAACAAUGUAUACCUCGUCACUGGAAACCCUCACAAAGUAUCCGAACUCAAAAAUCAGCAAACUCUUUAGUGGACAAAUACCAAUAGUGCUUGAUGGUUUGAAACAACAUUACUUCAUCGACCGUGAUGGCCCAUUAUUUCGAAACGUUCUGAACUUUCUGCGCACUAGUAAACUUAAUUUACCAUUGAAUUUUAACGAAAUGGACGCCCUAUACGAGGAGGUAAGAUAUUACGAACUUCAUGAAAUGCUAGAUGCUAUGGACGCACUUCGUUCAUCAAACCAGAGACAAAAAAUGACAGUGAAAGGUGAAAACACAGACCACGAGUGCGUAAUAAUUCAGACGACACCAGACUGUGGCGAGCGGAUUAAUAUCAGCGGUGAUAAGAAUCUCAUUCACGAGGUGUUUCCAGAGGUCGGGAGCGUUAUAUGCAACUCGGCUGGCAGUAACUACGGAUGGACCCAAGAAUCGAACUACGUGAUUCGUUUCCCGUUAAAUGGCUAUUGUAAGUUAAACAUGGUGCAAGUAUUGCAAAGGUUUCUACAGACCGGAUUCAAUGUGGUCGCUUCUAGUGGGGGUGGCUUAGAAGGCUCGCAAUUCAGCGAAUACGUACUCAGCAGAAAACCUUAAUAGGCCCAAAAUACAAUCAGAUGACGCGCUUCUAAUUCUCGGUUCA